AUUAGACAGCUCCACGAACAAAUGAGAAGUUCAAGCUAUUUUCCAGGAGGAAUAUUGCAUCUGCUGAAGCAUUUCGUAUCUUCUUCCCUCAUAACCUUAACAAGCGGGGUUUGACGUGUUAUGUAAAGCAUCUGCCCGUCGAGUCUGAACACGAUUUCAAAUCCCCUAUCUAACACAUCCCUAAAGCUUCUCAAAUUCAAAAAGGUCAUGGCCUCCCUUUCUGAAUCGAUGAAAGCCUGGCUUUACAACGGCACCACAGGCGGCCUGGAAAAAAACCUCACCUUUCAUCCCGAUGCGCGCGUCCCAGCCGCCCCGCAGAAAGACCAGGUCCUAAUCCAAGUCAUCUCCACGUCCAUCAACCCAGCCGACUACAAAGUCCCCGAACAGAGCACUGUCGCUGGGAAAGUGCUCAUCGCAACCACUCCCGCCAGUCCAGGAAUGGACUUUUGCGGUCGAGUGAUUGCGACCGGUCCCGGCCCUGCCGCAAAGGAAUACACCGCUGGCCAACUGGUCUUUGGUUGCCUCGCCAUGCCGCGUCAGUUCGGUACUCUAGGAGAGUAUAUACUCGGGUACGCGAGCAAUCUCGCCCCCCUGCCCAAGGGUCUAGACCCCGACGAUGCAGCAACAAUCGGUGUUGCGGGGCGGACAGCCUACCAGUCUAUCCAGCCGUAUGUGUCGGCGGGCGAUAAGGUCUUUAUCAACGGCGGGUCUGGAGGAUGUGGAGUCUUUGUGAUUCAGUUCGCGAAGAUGUUGGGCUGUCAUGUUACCGUAACUUGUUCGACACGCAAUGUACAGCUCUGUAAGGAGCUGGGAGCCGACGAAGUCCUCGACUAUACGGAUCAGGAUGUGGUAGACGCCCUCAAAGCCCAGGGGCAGGCAUUUGAUCAUGUUAUCGAUCAUAUUGGCUCCCCGGAAUCGCUUUAUCGGGAGUCCCAUACGUUCUUGAAGCCCGGGAAGGCUUAUGUCCAGGUUGGAUCGUCGUCAAUACUUGAUGUUGCCGAUCGACUGGUUCGUCCGAGCUUCCUGGGUGGUGGAAAGAGGAAGUUCGUAGCCUUGAGGCUCAAAAAUAGGCGGGAGGAUUUGGUACAGAUUGGCAACUGGAUUCAGGACGGGAAGAUUCGAGUGAUCAUCGACUCUGUUUAUGACUUCAACGAUACCGUCAAGGCGUUUGAGAAACUGCGCUCUGGGAGGUCAAGCGGGAAGCUCAUUAUCCACGUCACCGAAAGGCCUUAGUUGAGGGGUUUAAAUUCCUACAUACAUACAUUUGAAUGACAGCAGUC